CACCGUGGUGGACGACCUCAUAGUUUUGAUCCUAUAAUGGAGAAUGAGCUUGAGUAUAAAGAGCGUGCAUUUCUCACGUUUAAUCGUCAGUACAGCAUCCUUCAUUUCACCAGACAAUCCUUCAUUCAUUACACUUGGGCUUCUCCAACAAACAUACUUUCCUUACCACUCAACAAAUCAACUGGCAAGCACUAUUGCAAGAUGCAUCGCGCUACCUUUAUUGUCUUUUUCAAUCUUCUUACAUCGCUCGGGAGCGUCGUUGGAGCGGAUACUCUCUACCGCGGCGAUUCACGCAGCGCAAAGACAAUCUUCAACGACGGAGGCUUCAAGGCCAAGGGUUACGAUAACCCAGAGGGCACCUUAUUCGAGCACGUCGAAGGAACACUGAAACAUCCCUCUCGAGACCCCUACAUCUCCACAUCAAACGACAUCGAAGUCUCUAAAAAACACGCCGGAAACGGCCUCCUAUUCUUCAUCGACUCUUCCAAGAUCACCGAAGAAAUCUUCGACGUGGCAGCAGAGUACGAAAAAGCCGGCAAAAAGUACGGCCACGCCGACGAAAAGGAAUUCGCAGUCAAGAAAUUCAUCCCCUGGAACGCCAUCACCAAGAUCCAGAAGAAGAAAGACGGGGAGUGGAAAACCAUCAAGAUGCCAACAGCAAGCUCGUCAGACGAACCAGAAUUCGUACCGGAUCCAACCACCCUCGUAGUCAUGCCAUCGCCUACCGCCGCACCGCCACUCCCGGCAUUCCAAGCAGGGACCUGCUGUUUCCACCUCAACCAGUGGGACGACUGCAAUAGCGAGAACGAAGAUCUCACCUGCGAAGUGACUCUUCUCGACAACGCGAAGAACCAGAUCGGGCACGUCGAUCGGACGUCGUGCAACAAUGAUAACCCGCUCGGGAUGACUAGCAAACUACCUUCUGUGCUGGUGGUAACUGGGGAGCACCAGAACAACUAUAUUCAGUUCAAUUAUGGCGCUCUGGCUUUCACUUCGAGUGACGAGGCGCGUUGCUCGGUCGGAGGGUGGGAUCCUAGGGAAGACCUCUGUUUCAUUGAGAAUGUUCCAAGGAAGCGGCAGAUGGAUUGCUGCUUCCCCUGCUAG